UACGCUGGCGUACAAUGCCUAUCUGGAACUGGAUCUCUCCGUGCUGGUGGUGAAUUUCUUGUUAGAGUUCUUGGUCUAAAAACUAUUUACAUCAGUAAUCCUACUUGGGGAAAUCAUAAACUAGUCUUUACUAAUGCUGGAUUCACAAAUUUCGGUUCUUACACAUACUGGGACCAAGAAAAAAGAUGUGUGAGCCUUGAGCAAAUGCUCAAGGAUAUCGAAGCGGCUCCGGAAAAAUCCGUAAUUUUGCUCCAUGGUUGCGCUCAUAAUCCUACUGGAAUGGAUCCCACGAAGGAUCAAUGGAAACAAAUCUGUGAAGUUAUCAAGAAGAAGAAUCACUUCACAUUUUUCGACAUUGCCUACCAAGGUUUCGCUUCGGGAAGCCCAGACGAUGAUGCAUGGGCGGUUCGAUACUUCGUAGAACAGGGCCUGGAAAUGAUGGUUGCACAAUCGUUUGCAAAGAACUUCGGGUUGUACAAUGAACGUGUAGGUAACCUUUGUGUGGUGUUCAAAGAUCCCAAAGUCAUGGAAGGAUUCAGAUCUCAGAUGCAGUUGGUUGUCCGAGCGAAUUGGUCAAAUCCUCCAGCUCAUGGAGCUCGUAUUGUCCACAUGGUCCUUACCAAUCCAGAAAUGCGCAAGCAAUGGGAUGAUGCCAUUAAGACUAUGUCCUCCAGAAUCAAGGAAAUGCGAGCAGCCCUUCGGCAACAUUUAGAACAAAUGAAAACGCCAGGCACAUGGAGUCACAUUACACAACAGAUUGGAAUGUUCAGCUAUACUGGUCUCAAUCGUAAGUGA